GGCGGGGGAGGCCGGGGCUCGCCCCGAGCAGCCACGAUGCUCCUGGACGCCGGCCCCCAGUACCCCGCGAUCGGCGUGACCACCUUUGGCGCGUCCCGCCACCACUCGGCGGGCGACGUGGCCGAGCGCGACGUGGGCCUGGGCAUCAACCCGUUCGCCGACGGCAUGGGCGCCUUCAAGCUCAACCCCAGCUCGCACGAGCUGGCCUCCGCCGGCCAGACGGCCUUCACGUCUCAAGCGCCCGGCUACGCGGCUGCCGCGGCCCUGGGCCAUCACCACCACCCGGGCCACGUCGGCUCCUAUUCGAGCGCAGCCUUCAACUCCACGCGGGACUUUCUGUUCCGCAACCGGGGCUUUGGCGACGCGGCAGCGGCAGCCAGCGCUCAGCACAGUCUGUUCGCUGCUUCAGCUGGAGGCUUCGGGGGCCCACACGGUCACACGGACGCCGCGGGCCACCUCCUCUUCCCUGGCCUUCACGAGCAGGCGGCGGGCCACGCGUCGCCCAACGUGGUCAACGGGCAGAUGAGGCUUGGCUUCUCCGGGGACAUGUACCCGCGGCCCGAGCAGUACGGCCAGGUGACCAGCCCGCGUUCGGAGCAUUAUGCAGCACCGCAGCUGCACGGCUAUGGGCCCAUGAACGUGAACAUGGCCGCGCAUCACGGCGCCGGCGCCUUCUUCCGUUACAUGCGCCAACCCAUCAAGCAGGAGCUCAUCUGCAAGUGGAUCGAGCCAGAGCAGCUGGCCAACCCGAAAAAGUCGUGCAACAAAACUUUCAGCACCAUGCACGAGCUGGUCACGCACGUCACUGUGGAGCACGUCGGCGGACCUGAGCAGAGUAACCACAUCUGCUUUUGGGAGGAGUGUCCGCGCGAGGGCAAGCCCUUCAAAGCCAAAUACAAACUGGUCAACCACAUCCGCGUGCACACGGGCGAGAAGCCCUUCCCCUGCCCCUUUCCUGGCUGUGGCAAGGUCUUCGCGCGUUCUGAGAACUUAAAGAUCCACAAAAGGACGCACACAGGGGAGAAGCCCUUCAAAUGCGAGUUCGAAGGCUGCGACCGACGCUUUGCCAAUAGCAGCGACCGCAAGAAGCACAUGCACGUGCACACGAGCGACAAGCCCUAUCUUUGCAAGAUGUGCGACAAGUCCUACACGCACCCCAGCUCGCUGCGCAAACACAUGAAGGUCCACGAAUCCUCCUCGCAGGGCUCGCAGCCUUCGCCCGCCGCCAGCUCCGGCUACGAGUCCUCCACGCCGCCCACCAUCGUGUCUCCCUCCACAGACAACCCGACCACCAGCUCCCUGUCGCCCUCCUCCUCCGCAGUCCACCACACAGCCGGCCACAGCGCGCUCUCUUCCAAUUUUAAUGAAUGGUACGUUUAAACUCAGAAACAAAACACCGAGCAAAACCCUAUUUAAGAGACUGAACACACACGUACACAAAAUAUUACUGAAUGAACCCUGCGAAUCAACACAGCCCCCCCACCCCCUCGCCCCAGACCCCGCAGUCCUAUUUUUUUUUAACCUGCCAAAAGACCCAGGACCGAGUAAGAGAAAGAAUACCCCAAACCUUUAUUUUUUUUUUCCCCUUUUCUUUCUUUCUUUUUCUUUGAUUUAUCUUUCUUUUUCUUUUCCUUUUUUUUUUUUUUUUUUUUUUUUUGGCAAAGGUUUGGUAGCCGAGGGGCGGGAGGGUGGUCGAGGAGAAGGCGGCCGCCUGACCAAGUGCCGCCAACCCCGACCGAGGGCCAGUUUCUCGUCGGAAUCGAACAGGCUCUCUGAGCUUCCGUUUUUGUUUUUUGUUUGUUUGUUUUUUUGUUUUUGUUUUUCUUUGCAUUCUUGUAAAUACAGAAUUACUAGCUUAAAAAAUGUACUGUUGGAUUCUGUAAAUAGUUAUAUCUCGGUUGGAGCGGGCGGGUGGGUUCGUGGCGUUGUGGU